GCCAGCCCACUUCAUUUCCAUCCAUUUCUUUGAUGAGAUCCCGCUGAUAAUUACCAAUUCUCUUGUAGUUGUGGGAGGCUGUUAUUAUGUAUUUCUCAUUAUUCGUAUGUUAAAAGUCGAAAACUUGUGAAAUUUUUGGUUAUGUGAUAUUGUUUUCAAAAGAAAAUCUAAAUUUCUGGAUAUAUUAAUAUUCCGGCAUCGGCUUUACUUCAGGUUAGGUACAGAGAUGCUGAAGCACCUCACGUGAUUGAUUGGCUUGACUCAUUCGCAAUUCAGGAUGGAUGAUAACGAAAAUGGACUAAAGACUGAACUGGGUGUCAUGGCGGAUGAGAAAAGAAGUAAAAAAGAUGAUAGAAACUUUAUGAGAGAAGAAAAGACAGACUUAGAUGAGAAAAAAGAAGCCAAAGGAUCUUUGUAUAGUGCACCGGAGAGGUUGGAAACUGGUGAGGAGUUGGAUCAUCCAUCAGGUCUGAGGAAUGAAGUAAUAUCUUUCGAACUGAAGAACUUCUUGAACAAGAAUCUCUCAAUAUCAAGGGUUAAAGCUCAGGCUCUUGGCAGAGAAACCCCAAAUAAAUCAUCCCUUAGUAACGGUGAAAGCUCUGUCCACGAUAGAAAACAGUCAAUCAGAGAAGAGAAAGAAGAAUUGAUCAGUAAAGACAACGAGAAACCGCGACUUAGAAACGGUGAAGGACCUUUCAUUGGAAGAAAUUCUGCGGAAUCUGAGAGGAAACACCCAAAUACGACCGAACAAUAUCCAAGCAAUGGAACCAAAAAAGAGGACAAGGAGAAAACACGACUUAGUAAUGGAGAAGGCUCUUUAAUUGAUAGAGAUGCUGAAGAGUCUGCAGAUGAACAUCCGGUUGAAGAAAACGAAGAGGAUGUUGAUGCAAAACUGGUCAUCAAUGAAGAAGAAAAAGAUGAUGAUGAUGAUGAUGGGGAUGAUGAUAAUGAUGAUGAUGAUGGAGAACUGGUCAUCAAUGAAGACGAUGAUGAAGGAAAACUAGUCAUCAAUGAAGACGAAGAAGAAGAGUAUUAUGGAAACCUAAAUAACAAAGAAGAAUUUACAUCAAUAGACAAUGAAGAGAAUUACUAUGAUGAGGGUGCAUAUUUCAACCCAAUGGUGGAUUGUGUUAUACUUGAAGAAGGGGAUGAAUGCCUCCAGUUCGACGAUCGGCCAAGUGACUCGGAGGAAAACGCGCCUCCUCCAGCCGUCAAUGGCAAUUACCUGGCAGUUUCCGGCUCAACUAUGGAGCAAGCACCGGCUAAAAAGCGCAAGAAGCGCAUUCCAUCCAAAGUAUUGAAUGAUGACAUCGAAGAGGAUCCAUGCCAGGUUAUAUGGUCGAAUCCCACAGAAAAUGGAUCGUGCAAGGUGUGCAGGGGACACUGUCCAGGUUCCAAAUGUCGCAAAUGUCAGGCCGUAGAGGUGCAAGGUCUCAAACGCUAUGUGUGUUUGCUUUGUGGCAAAACAAUAAAUCAUAUGGGGAAUUUCGGGCAACAUGUGAGAUCUCACGUAUCACCCAUCUGUCACAUAUGUCAUAAGACAUUCAAGAUGUUGAGAGCCCUUGAACAGCAUAUGGAGUUUCAUAGAAAAAAGUUGGAAAAGACUAUGCAGAAGAAACGUCGAAAACAGAAGACACCGAUCAAGAUUGAACCUUGUGUGAAUAUGGAGGAGCCAGCAGCAGUUGAUGACGGGUUUCUGCCACAUGAGAACAGCUUGUCACCCCUAUAUGAAACCAACGGUGACAUUUGCGAACUGCUACAGGUUGAUAUUCUCGCCAAAACAGAUGACAUUAUGCCCAACGGUACAGAUAACUCACAUGAGGAAAACAGUUAUCAUGAAGAAGAGGGUGAAGUUUUUGACGAUGAAGAAGAAGAAUAUUUGGAUGACAUGGAUGUGAACGAACAGUUGGAUGCUAUAGAUCUGUCCAUUUCAACGGGACAUGGAGGCGAAAUCUAUCGGUGCGAAUUCUGUUUCGGUACAAACUGUCAGCCCAAGAAAUGUCUCAAAAGUAAGGUGGAAACAGUAGAAGAUCGCACAACUUACGAAUGCCUUAUCUGCGGCAAAGUUAUCAUCAAUCACAAGGGCAACUUCAAACAACAUGUUCGUUCGCAUACUGACUUCUGCUGCAAGGUGUGUGGCAAAAAGUUCAGCGAUGCAUUAAGGCUUAAAAAGCACUCUGAGCUGCAUGUAAAAAAGAAGAUCUACAAGUGCGAUGUAUGCCCGAAAGCAUUCCGGGUUCUCCAUCAUCUCAACAUGCACAAAGAACGAACUCAUGCCAAGGAAAAGAAAUACAACUGCAUCAACUGUGAGAGAGUUUUUGCUAGUCGCGGUGAGCUCAUGUCUCACAUCAGAUGGUCUCAUAUGGGCCCUGAGCGCCCCUUCGAAUGUGAACUUUGCCGAAAAACAUUUGCCUACAAAAACAAUUUGAAAAUCCACAUGCGUAUCCAUACUAACGACAAACCAUACGCUUGUAAAGUUUGUGGACGUGCGUUCACGCAAUCGAGCAGUCUGAAAAUGCAUAUGACCGUUCACUCGUGUAACCGCAACGUCUUCAAGUGUGGAGCAUGCGACAAAUCGUUCCCCUACGCCAGCAACCUCAAACUGCACGUCAAGUCAGCACAUUCUAGCUUGAACCCGGCGCGCCGCAAGUCAACCACCUGUGCAUGCCCAGUGUGUGGUUUGGGCUUCACACACAGAAACAGUCUUAAAGCACACAUGCGCUCAGCGCAUCCCUUCUUUGAUUAUGCCAAAAUGGAGGAAACUGCCGAGAAGGUAAAACCCAAGCCCGCGGAACACGAUUCCAAAGUAACAUCUCGCAAAGACAAUAAGUACCGGCCACAUAUUUGCCCAACAUGUGGAAGAGGUUUUACGCAGCGUGGUAGUCUCAGAACUCACAUGCGUGUUCUUCACAACUCCUACUUGAUUCCAAAACCUAUAUCAAACAAAUCUCUUCCAUUUUUGGCAACACUCUUGCCGCCAGAAAUAUCAGUUGUCUUCAACCCCUCUUCCACCGAAAGAGCGGCCACUGCCACGUCCUCGCCCCUUCAACUCCCUCAACCCCCUCAACCCCCUUCCAAUUCUCAACCGACCAGUAACAAUUUUGAUGAGUCUCAACUUCUUAAAUGUGAUGUCUGUGGGUCUCUGUUCUCUCAUUACGAGCAUCUUGAAAGUCACAUUUGUAUACAUAGUGUGUAGAAUCAGUCUUUCUAUCCAUGGCCUGAAUGUUUUUUAUUUGAAUCACAGUGGAGCAAAUUGAACUGAUGUCUAUCAGACUGGGACACGGUUUGACAAAGACGACAUUUUUUAUCGAUAUCAAAUCAAUGUAUCAUUUUGAAUUGCAUUUUAUUUCUUGGUUCGAAAUACUUGACAUGAUUCUUGCUUGAUACAAAUUUAGAUGAUCAUCUGAAAGUUGAGCACGACUCUAUCCAACAUUUUAUUCAAUUCCCUUACAAAUCAUAAUAAAUUCUCCAAUUACAGUAAUCGAUGGUGCGACGCUUUUUGUAUUCGUAAUAAUCACCCGUAUCCUCACAGAAGGGUGUAUCACAUAUGAGGAUUGUUGGUCCCUAGUUUUUUUUUAUUUAUUAUUAUUCGACCGUAAUGUUAUAAACAUGAAAUUAUUAUGUUUUUUCCAAAGUAGCUUCAGCUGAUCUUUCUCAUUAUCUUCAUCAAACCGUGCCCCAGCAAUUAAAUACUGUACAUCAUAAGUUUUAUAUUCUGUACCCUGCAUUGUUGUUGAGUAAGAUACCACUUUUUUUUAAGUGCGCGUUCAUACUCUUGUUUUAGAAAACUCUAGUUGGAAAUGAAUCAGACAUCGUUUUCAACAAUAACCAGGCCAAAAUUAUUUGAUGAUUUUCUAUCUAAAUAUUUUAGAUAUUUAAAAAUUCGGAUAUUUGACCAGAAAAAAUUUAGUGUGAUCAGGGCAUUUUUUCUAAAUACUUCGUUGUUUAUUAUGGCAUUGCUUGAAGCCUGAAUGUGCAUUAUGUGUCUACUAUACAAUAAGGUGAAUGAAAUUUCUAUUCGUGUACUAUAUUGACUGUAACAUAAGAGUGUUGUGUAAAUAUUGAACAACCAAACUCGUUCAUGAAUAAUUUACUCAUGAAUUCGAUCGAAAUUGUUCUUACUUCAAAUCAACUAUUACUGAAUGUUACACUCCUCCCCUCCCCUUAUUCCUGAAAAUCUAUUGAAUAGAAAAUUUUGAGACUUACCCUUUUAUCAGUGCAUGUUAUCCAAUAGAUUUGUUUUAGCAACCGUGAACUUCGCUAUUAUCAACAUCAUAACUUUUCUUUGCCAAGUUAUGGAUGCUCAUAAUUCAUACUUGUUGCUCAACCCUGGAAUGGUCAUUCUAGUUUCAUUAGCUGUGUAAACAUGACUGAUAUUGGGAAAGUUGUACUUUCUAGCUAUUUACAAAAGUUUUAGAUGGGUCCAAUAAAAUUUAUCAUCACAAAAUUUUAUGUUUUAGUAGUACAAUAGUAACAUCACUAUUUUAACUGUUUUUAUCCAUACUUUUCAGAAUAGUUCGAGUAUUUUUCAGUACUUUUUUAAACUACUUUUUAUAUUAUAUAGGUCUACUCUUACAUUGAAAACAGUAUUUAUGUGGGAAAAUAUUCCUCUAAUGCUCCUCAUCCCGCUCACGAAUAUAGAGUUUCAUACUAGAUAAUAUAAAAAUGAAUAACUUGAAACUAUUGUAGAAUCAGUGUUGCCAAUUCCAGGGUUGAAAAAUUCCAGCCAAAAGUAGGAUUAUGUCGAUAUUGUAACCUUCCCUAAGAUUUUCAGUUUGUAGAUAACGAUCUGAAAAUAUUUGUUCAUAAAUUCUGUAUAUAACAACAGGGUUUUCACAGAAUUGAAAAGAUUUACGCUCACAUGUAUUCUACAAUUGCAUGUACGGUAUAUAUGUAUUAACUUCCUUUUGUUUUCAAAUAAGGAAGGAGUUGAAAAUAAUUAUGUUCAAAUGUAUUUUACAAUUCCAGCCAAAAGUAGGUUAUGUAGAUAUUGUAACCUUUCCUAAGAUUUUCAGUUUGUAGAUAACGAUCUGAAAUUUUUUUUCAUAAAUUCUGUAUUUAACCACAGAGUUUCCACAGAGUUGAAAAGAUUUACGCUCACAUGUAUUUUACAAUUGCAUGCACCGUAUAGAUGUAUUAACUUCCUUUUGUUUUCAAAUAAGGAAGGAGUUGAAAAUAAUUAUGUUCAAAUGUAUUUUAAAAUUGCAUGUAUAGAUGUAUCAACUUUUAAAUUACUAAGAUAUUUUUAAUGCAUUGUGUUUUAUUUUAUAUAUACAUUAGGUUCAUGUUUUUAUACAUUUUUAAUGCUAGUUUUUUAAAUACAUUUUAACACAUCGUUUUUAAUUUCCUCUUAGGAAGGUUGUCUGUUACAUAAAAAAUUGUUUUUCAUUAUAACUUAUUUUUCACUUUAUCUUGAUAUUAUCAAUGUCUUCUGGGAAUGAUGUAGUCUUCCAUAGAUAAUAUCAAGUCUGGCGUUCCUCCAGAGGCGAAAGAGGUCCCUGUAUAAUGUACAGGGUAUAAUAUAUUUUACUAUACUGUAAUAUAGUAUAGUAUAUACUAUAAUAUAGUGUACACUGUAUAGUAUACUGUAUCGUGUUCUUACACGAACCGGUUCACUUCACAGAUCUCAGUCUCGACCACUUGGUCGCCUAACAACCGUAUCGUGUUGCUAUCAAAAACUAAGUAGUGGUCAACGCAAUGAGCAUCCAGUCUGGAACGAUUCAAAACCGUGAAUGUUCAAGACGUACAGAACACAUGUAGAGAGAAUGAGAGAAUACACAGUUCUAUGAGUUGUAUAAAUAUAUAUUCACGGUUCUGGAUCGCUCCAGCAUGAAACGCUCAUUGCGAUAACAACUACGUAUUUUUUGCAAGCAACGCAAAACGGUUGAUUGAUGACGGAUGAUGAUGGAUGCGGUUCGUGAACGAACACGGUACAAUGCACAGGGACCUCUUUCACCUCUCAAGAAACCCCAAACUUUAUAUUAACGAUGGAAGUGCAAUGCAAUCGGCUUUAAGACUAAGAAGUGGUUCAGUGUAACAAUGAACCCGGAUAUUAUAUGGAAAAGAAUUUUAUAAAUUAUUUAUUAUAAUUGAUAUUAUUUAUAUAAGUCAUUAUUAUUUAUAUAAAUUAUAAAUUCAGUGUAACAAUAGACCCGGAUAUUAUAUAGAAAAAAUAUAUAAAUCACUCAAUUUAAUUAUAUAAAUUAUUAUUAGUAGUAUUUAUAUAAAUAUUCAAUAUUAUUUAAUAAUAUUUUUUUGGUAUUAUUUAUAUGUUAUUAUUAUUUUUAUAAAUUCAGUGUAACAAUGGACCCGGAUAUUAUAUAGAAAAAAAUUAUAUAAAUCACUCAAAUUAAUUGAUUUAAUUUAAUUAUAUAAAUUAUUAUUAUUCAUAUAAAUUAUUCAAUUCAAUUGGCAUUUUAUUUUACAAUAGAUUAUUGAAAAAUUACAAAGCGGAUGCCUUUAUGCUCUGAAACUAUAUUUAUCACAAGAAUCGUUUGCUUUUGUGGAACGAAUACUGCGGCAGCUUGAAUGAUGGCCAAUAUAAUAAGGCCGGUUCCUUCUAUUUCCCAAAAAAUCAUUUCAUCAAACCAAAGAUUGAUCAUUGCUGAAUUUUAUAAGUUCUGCUUUGUAGCUUUAUUUCCAUCGGUAAUCCAUUACUUCCAAGAGAAAGAAGUAUCGGACUUGGUACUUUCAGACAGCUAGCACAAUCUGUGGAAACUCUGUAUAAUUCAACGAUUAUUUGUGUUAAAUAGGACUGAAUUUUCAUUUUGAAAAUAAAUCCUUUUAUGCAAAUAUUUUUAAUUCGUGUUUGACACAUUUGUACUUUAUCAAAAAUAGAGCAUUAGAUUUAGUUAAUAAGUGAAUUUAUAAUAUUGUUUUUAUUAUUAAGGAAUAUUAUUAUCUUGAAUUUAUAUCAUCUGUUGAAUUUAAUAGAUUUGUAAACUCGCUUGUUGUUUUUUGGGUAUAUGUUUAGUUGUUUAUUUCUCAAUUCUAUGCUGUCAAACGACUGAACUCAGUAGAAAAAAGAGCACAUCUGAUUACUUCUUGGAUUAAUUUAGGUACCAGUGUUUGUUUAGAUGCAAUAUUACAAUUUUUUCAAUUAUGUUGACACAAGACUCAGAUCUUGUGCUGAAGCUUUAAAGUUUACACUUUGGAAAGCAAAGAAAGUAUGUUUUCUGGAAUUAAGAGUUAGUAUAUCUCUUCAUACCAGACCAAUUCACAAUAAUUCAUUGUUAAGUGUGAUUAUAUUGCGCCAAAAUGAACGAAUAAACAAUAUGAUCUCACAUUGCCAACAAAAAUUGGCAAGAAAAUUGCGGGAAUUUAUUGAUAUUUCUAUUGUGAUCCAAAGUUUCAUACUUUGGAAGAUCGGAACACGAUUUUGCAUGUACUGUAUUUCAGUGUAUUUCUCUGAUAAUUGAUCAAUGAAAGCUAAUGAUAAACCUUGGUUGUUGUUCGUUUUCAUAUUUUAAACUAUUACCCCUUGUUAUGUGAUAUUUGAUAUUGCUAUUCCAUAUUUUAAAAUUAUUUAUACUAGAAAAUUUAUAUAUUUCAUCACUGACAUUUACUUAUUCAAAUUUACGAUAUUAUUGUUUAUUAUUAGGAUGUUUUUUCAUUAGAAUAAAAAAAUUAAUUUAUUAUUAUUAGAUGUGAAGGUCUAUUGAUUCAUGAAGAUAUUAUAUUAUUUAUAAAAUUGAAGAUUAUUCGUUAUCAUCCAAUGUUACAUGUUUGUGUUAUCAUGUACAUAUUUGUACUUACAUAGUUUAUCUUAAAUGAUUCCAUGUGAUGGAACUGGUCUGAUAUGAAGGGAAACCGAUACGAUGGGGAAGGUUUAAAAUUGCAAUGAAGAAAUGAAACUAUUCAAUUUUUCCCUCUAUUUACAGUUUUAGUCUACGAGUUCCAAAAGAGUCCUCUUCACUUUCCCAAAUUCUUUAGAAAUGAAAAUCCUGAUGAGAAGACUAUAGAAGACAAAUUUAUUUAUUUAUUUUAAUGUUUAUGAGAAGUAGAUUUUUUUGCAUAUUUCUUCAAAUUUAUUGUAUCAGAAUCGAUUGCAAAUAACAUCAUAAUUAUCACAAGAUUGUUCUAAAUCUGAACUACAAGAUUAAUGUGUUGCACAAUUAAUCUGUACAGUAUAUUUUUUAAAUUUUUUGUGUCAAUCAUUAAACGCUGAGUGUAGAUUGUUGUGAAAUUCAUUUUUUAGAUAUUUUGGGAUAAUACCUUCUUUGGAACUAAUAGACACAUUUCGAGUUGAAAAUUCUUGACAGAAUUGUGUAACUUAAUUUUGAAAAACUUCUGUAAUUAGUUGCCAAUAUAUAAACGCACCACAAGUUCAAAUCUCGUUAAUUGCAACUCUUGCAGUGACAUUUGAAACAGAUGCGUUUAGUUGUAAUAUUUCAGUUUCCUCAAAAUAAUUUUUUCCUCUCCAUACUGCAGCUUUAUAAUUUUCAUCUCGAAAAUUAAGUAUGAAAUAAUCGUUUGAUUGAAAAUUAUUUUCAUAUCAGUUAUUUCUGAUUAUUUAGUUUGCUAAUUCAUACUAUUUUUUCAUACAUGCAUUACAGAUGUAUAAAAUGAGUUGCAUAGUCUUAAGAAUGUACCAAAGUCUAUAACUUUUGUAUUAGUUGAGUCAAUUAUAAUUCUACUCUUUAUAAAGUAUAUGUUGUAAUUAUGUUGUUUCACUCCACUUAAUUCAUAUUAUAUUAUUUCUUGUUGUUUUUCCAUAAGAAUUAUUUUAUUUAUAGGCUUAUUUCAAGAUGUUGAAGCUUAGAUUAGAUGGAUAGCGCCAGCUCUGGUAAUGACCAUAUAUAUAUAUAUAUAUAUAUAUAAAAUUUAACUUGUUUGGACAUUAUUAUCAAUUGUACUUAUUUUAAUGCAUUAUUCAUCAUGUUCUAAGAAGGGAAAUCUCGUUCUAUUUUCCCCGAUUAAUGAUUCUCAUUAAUCUUUCUUUAUAAUCCUUACAAAAAAUCAUUACAUUAGUAGUCACACACAUAAUACAGUAUAGUCUCGCUAAUCCGGAGACUAUUCAAAAUCCAGACUAGCUCAAAAAAGUUAUUAAAGUUUUUGUUUAAAGUUAGAACGAUUCAAUUUUGCGUGAAAUUAAAUGAAUAUAUUCGACAUCAAGCGGAAUUCUGUAGUCUUCUGUAGCACUCGGCUUUGAUAUGGCGUUGGGGUGAUAUAGUAAAUAUAGCUUGUAGAAUAUUCUGUAACUGUGUCACCUAUGCGAAGAAUAGUUGUAACUAGACUGUUUCAGAAAGAAUUAAUAUUAUUGAACAAAUUUGUCGUUGGUCUUCACACACGUUUACGGUGCAGAUUGAAACUGAUUGAUAAACAAACUUGAUGUACAAUAACAGUCUGCAGACAAAGCAAAAAUAAAUUUUCAAAAUUGUUUUCUGUAAUACUAUAGACGAAUAAUGAAAAUUUUUCAGACUUAUGGUAGCCUACUACCCAGUAAAAUGCUGCAGUCUUCCUAUAGCCAUCCAGAUUAGCGAGACUCGAGUAUUUCCGAAUGGAAUAUUACCUCGCCUUGAACUUCGUUUCAAUUUAUUACAGCGAGGUGUCAAAGUAAUUUAUUGAAUCCGUAUUGUAUCUUGUUUUUAGACACUUUCAGUCCUAUGUACAUCAGCAGACAGGUUUACGUUGAGGUUCAAUCUAGUACAAAUGUUUUGAAUUUGAGUGAUAUUUAGUCGUAGAAAUAAUAUUAAAUUAUUUCACCUAUUCAUGUGUUUGAAGGUCGGCCCUUGACUUACUUUUUUGUUGUUCUUGAGUAAUUGAUCAAGCUGAAAUGUGUAUAAUAAUUCAAUGUUUAAAAUAAUAUGAUUGUGGGUUUUAAAGCUGUAUCUUUCUGUAUGCUAUAUUGUUGAAAUGGUAACGUUAUUCCUCGAUGUCUGAAUGUUGUUCCAAGUUUUUAAAUGUUUUCAAUUAUUCAUAAUAAAUGUAGAUAAUAACAUGAAUUCAUUAUGUGUAACUGUAAUUUUUAUACAAUACGCCAUUUUAAAACGGCUAGUGCAUUUAUUGUUUCUGAGUUAUUUUUAAAAUUUCAAGUUGAAAGAAUAUUCAAUUUAUUUUAAUUUACUAUUUAAUAAAUCACUUUAAUUUAUUUGCAUGAAUUUUAUCGUUCUUGAUUUCAGAACCUCAGAAAUUUUCAGAUAGUUUUUCAAAUUGUAAUAGUAUUCACUAAACAAAAUACAUUGAAAAUAUGUUCAAAACAUUGUAAAUAAAAAAGGAUGUCUCAGAGAAUUACUCGUAUAAAGUGUUGGAUAAGUAUCGAUGUGAUGAAUUUUGUAUUUGGUUGUCUGUUUAAAAUAAAUAUAUAUAUAUAUUCCAUUAUUUUCUUAUUGUCUGUUGUAAUUUAGAGAUUUAACGUGAAUAAAGUAACAUAGUUUGAUUUCUAAA